AUGGAAGCGAAAACGGCCAAGCAGGCCAACUUCACCGUCGAAGGCGCCACAGACACACCGUGCUCUUGCGCGGACCCAGUUGUCCACCGCGGGUGCGCUUACGGCGUAGGACAGUUCCCCGGCAGCAGAGCCGUGUGUGGCGGCUCUUCCAAGGUUCUCCUGGAGUAUAAAAACGCCACCCAGCAUCUGGCAGCUUCUGGAGUCAAGGUCUCCACCAUAUCCAAAGCGGGUAUGGGGAUUUUAAAAAUGGCCACGUCGCACUGGAGACUUCAGGAGAAGAAGGCAAGGGUGGUGCGGUCAUCCAGCGCUGGCAACCGGCAUCCUUCCUCCGACCGGUUCCCUUGCAAGAGGUCUCCGCUUGAUCAGCUGGAGCCGGGCCAGGACAAACUGUGCUCCACCAAACCGCAGAACUGCAGGCGCAUAGUGGUGCUGGGCGCGCCGAGAGUGGGGAAGACCUCCAUCCUCCGACGGUUCCUGCGGGACGGGUUCGAAGAGCGGUACGAGCCCACGUCUGAGGACUUUCACAGAAAACUGUACCAUAUCCGAGGCGAAACCUACCAGAUAGACAUCCUGGACGCUUCUGGGGAGAGAGCCUUCCCCGCAAAACGCAGAUUGUCAAUCCUAACAGGUGACAUCUUUCUCCUGGUGUUCAGCGUGGAUGACAGAGGCUCCUUCGAAGAAGUGCGGGCGCUGCGUAAAGAGAUCGUGGCAGCCAAAAGUAAACUUCUCAAGUGCAAAGAGAACGCUCGCGUCCCUACCAUAGUGUGCGCGAACAAAGUGGACUUGGACCCGAAGGAGAGAGUCAUAAGUCAUGCGGAGGUCUGUCAAGAGCUCGGGGAGGAGGCCCCCUAUUUCGAGACCUCCGCCAAAGACAGCACCAACCUCGAAGAGGUGUUCGAAGCCCUUGCAAAACGAGGCGGACUGCCUACCGAGACCGGUCCAUCCCAGCACCGCAAGAUCUCCAUCCGCUCGUACCAGGCGUUGCGCUCGGGUCGGACUGGCGGGAGAGGGAGCAGGGGGCUCACCCAUGACAUUCCCUGUGGCGCUUUGUACCCAUUGGCUCGUCGUCCCAGCUUCAGCACAGAUCUCCGCCAAGUCCUCGGACCCAGUGCUACGCGCAAAAGGGGCACACCGCUCGAAAAGUGCCAGAUUCAGUGAAGAAGAAUUGCAAGGACUUGCUUUUAUAAUUAUACGUAGCCUAUUGUUUGUAAAACCAAAAACACAUGUUGAGAUUUUAC